AUGUUAAAAUUUAUUUUAAUAGUUUUAUUGAUAACUUUGAUUGCAGAUAGUUGAUUGGCUAUCCAAUUGUCUUUAUUUUUGGCUAGUUUUAUUUUUGGAGUCUAUUCUUUAAAUGGGUUUACUUUUUCUUGUUUAGGCUUAAGGUUAGGGUUAGAUUAUAUUGGUUAUAUUUUAAUUUUAUUAAGUUUUUGGAUUAUAGCUUUAGUAGUUGGAAGAAGACAAAAAGUUGAAAAUUUAAAAGAUUUUAAUGGAAUCUUUUUGUUAGUUAAUAUUUUUCUUUUAUUAAGGUUAGUUUUGACUUUUUCUUGUCUUGAUUAUUUAAUAUUUUAUGUUUGUUUUGAAAGUUCUUUAAUUCCUACUAUAAUUUUAAUUUUAGGUUGGGGUUAUCAGCCCGAGCGACUUCAGGCCGGAGUUUAUAUGUUAUUUUAUACUUUAUUUGGGUCUUUACCUUUGUUGAUUUCUAUUUUAAGUUUAUAUAGAAUAGGGGGUUCUGUGACAUUUAAUUUAUCUUCGCUUCCUGAGUGUGGUAUGAGGUUGAUGGCAGUGUGGUAUAUCUGUAGGGUCAUAGCUUUUAUUGUUAAACUGCCUGUUUAUUUGGUUCAUUUGUGGCUUCCUAAGGCGCAUGUAGAGGCUCCUGUGGCUGGUUCUAUGAUUUUAGCUGGUGUUUUAUUAAAAUUAGGGGGGUAUGGUUUGGUUCGAGUGUGUCCUCUUUUUAUUCAAUCGGCUGUGACUUUUAGGUGAUUUUGAGUUUCAGUAGGGCUAUUGGGUGGUAUUUUUGUGAGUUUUAUUUGUUUACGUCAAACAGAUAUAAAGGCUUUAAUUGCUUAUUCUUCCGUGGCUCAUAUGGGACUAGUUCUGUGUGGUCUUAGGGUUUUUAGUUGAUGGGGAUUAUCUGGUGCUGUUUCUGUCAUAGUUGGCCAUGGUCUUUGUUCUUCUGGUUUGUUUUGUUUAGCAAAUAUGGUGUAUGAGCGGUUGGGGAGUCGAAGAUUAUUAAUUAGUAAGGGUUUACUUAGUUUUAUACCUACUAUGGCUUUAUGAUGAUUUGUUUUAAGAGCGGGGAAUAUGGCUGCUCCUCCUACUGUUAAUUUAUUAGGUGAAAUUAGUUUAAUUUUAAGGGUAGUGUCUUGGGCUUUACUGGCAAUAAUUCCUGUUGCUUUGCUUUCGUUUCUGAGGGCUGCCUAUAGUCUUUACAUGUUUUCUUUAAGUCAACAUGGGAAGUACUUUAGAGCUUUGUUUUCUUGUUGUUCUGGAAAAGUUCGGGAGUAUUUAAUUUUAAUUCUUCAUUGGUUGCCUUUAAACGUUUUAGUGUUGAAGGGUUCUGUUUUAGUUUGUUAG